AUGUUUUCAUGGGGAGAGGACUGGCAGCAGGGCUUUCGCUUGAAAAGACCCUCAAAUAUUUCACCUGCUGAUGGAGUACGCUCUUUAAACCUCAGCUUUCAAGUCACAGAUCUUUCAGCAGGUCACAGACUGCUUGGCUUCAUUAAAAGAAAUGGGGAUGCUUACAUCAUUCACACAGUUGAGAGCCAAGAUGAGGGUAGAGUGAGAGGGAAACAGAAGAUUGUGAAAUGUGAAGAGAAGAUUGAGGCUGUGAGUUGUGGUGAAGAUGUGGUGAGGAUUCUGUCUGAAAGUGGCAUCGUUUUUUGUGUGGAUCAAGCUCGCCCUCCUUUCAGUCCCAGCGCACCAGAAGCACUGCGCAACAAACAGGUGUCUCAGGUGACUUGUGGGAGCCAGCAUACAGUCGUUUUGACAAAAGAUGGUCAGUUGUAUACUUGGGGCCAGGGCUCCAGGGGGCAGCUGGGUCUGGGCACAAAUGAGCAAUACGUGAAUUCACGCCAGCAUGUCAGAUCUUUGUCAGCGAUCCCAGUGGUCCAGGUCGCUGCAGGUGGAGAGCAGAGCUUCGCCCUCUCUGUCUCUGGAGGAGUGUUUAGCUGGGGCAGAAACGACUGUGGACAGCUUGGACUGGGUGACACUCAAGACAGACAUACACCGACUCCGGUUCAUUACCUAAACAUGAAGAAAACUGUUUCCAUUUCCUGUGGGAAGGACCACACUGCUGCUCUGACAAAGGACGGUGCAGUGUUUACAUUUGGCUCUGGUCAAUAUGGACAGCUUGGUCACAACUCGUUACAAAAUGAACAGCGUCCUCGGCUUGUUGCAGAGCUCUGGGGGGCAAAGGUCACAAAGGUUGCAUGUGGGAGCUAUCACACACUGGUACUGACAGAAUCCAAGAAGGUGUACUCGUUUGGGUGUAAUGAACAAGGGCAGCUGGGACGUGGAGAAGAGACUCAGGCAUCAGUGCCACUACCUGUGCAACUGCCACAUGGCUGA